AUGGGCAAAAACCAUUUCUUGAAGGAUUUAUCUGCCUUACCUGAGGACGUACUCAUAGAAAACGAGAGGGGCAUAACAUUACUUGGUUACCCACUAUUUUCUCCCAAGAUUUUACUGUCCCCCUUUGACCCACCACAAUUUCAAAGAUUGAACACUGAAAAUGGUUCGUUAAUUCCUCUGUCGAAGAACACUAUAUCCAACUUCAUAGAACUGUAUCCUAUUGAUCUAAGUACCGAACGCACUGCAGGCAGUGGUAAUUCACAGAUGACGAAGUGGUUCGUACUGAUGGAUUACAAAGAAAAGUAUGAUAUCGAUGAUCAAGGUUGGUGUUACAGCUGGAAUUUCAACAACUCGAGGUGGAAGUCAAAAAACGGCCUGGUAAGAAGAAGAGUCUGGGUAAGACUACCUACAGCCAGCCAUGCGUUAGAUUAA